AUGUUCGACGAGAAUAGCAAUGCGACGGCGGCGGCGACACUCACCGCCGUGCCCGCUGUUCCCGCGCCCGCGAAUAUCAACCAAAACCACCUCGUGAGCCAGCUUCUUAACGCCAAAGACUCCAGAUGGCUCCAGUUGGAGGUGUGCCGCGAGUUCCAACGCGGCCAAUGCUCACGAUCCGAUGUGGACUGCAAGUUCGCGCAUCCACCGUCACAUGUUGAUGUGCAGAAUGGUCGGGUCACGGCCUGCUACGACUCGAUAAAGGUGAGAUUUGGUGGCUAAAAUAGAAAAAAAAGCAUUAUGAUCAAUAUAUUUCAAGUAAUGAGCAAUAUAUUAUAUAUUGCAGUAGCUUCUUUAAUAAAAGACAGGUAAAACACAGAUUUUACUUCAUCCUAAAGGAAUAUUCAAAGUCAGAAAGGACUGUUUUCUAAUUUUUAAACACAUUUUUGUUAAACUAAAUCCCUUUUUAGCCAUAUCUUCAAGAUUUAUAUUGUUUUAGGGCCGUUGCACCCGAGAAAACCCGAAAUGUAAAUACCUUCAUCCACCACAACAUUUGAAAGAUCAACUACUGGUAAACGGCCGUAACAAUCUGGCACUAAAGAAUCUGUUGUGCACACAUUUAACCACGCCAGGUAUACCCAACAACAUUCAGAUGGCACAGAUAAUGGUAAGUUUCCGUUCAAGGGCUAUAUGUAGGUAUAGAUAAUAAGGUUUUACAUGUUGAAAAAACUUUUAAAAAACAAAAAAAUCCGAACUCUAGUGAAAAAAAAACUCCUCUUUUGCCUUGUUGACUUACUAUAAUAUAAUUAUGUAAAACAUGAUUACUUGCCUUUAGCAACAACAACAACAACCACAACAAGCCAUCAUGUCCACGAUGCCAUACCCGUACUACCCGCACUUGGCGGCCGCCAUCUACCCCACCCUGAUGCAGACGGCCGAUCCGUUCGGUCAGCCCGUAAGUCUCGAGUUUUGUGCCGAGAGAGUGUGCAGAAGUAGGAGGGCGACAGAGACGGCUUCGGACAGUGCGAUUCAUUGGCUUUGAUUGGUUUGUAAAUGUAGUUUCUGCUUCCAAAUUCAAUGUUUUCGGUGAUUUGGAUGGAUUUUGGGAGUUGCGAAAAAAUGCCAAAGACUGAAAGUUUUCGUUGUGGGACCCAAAAGCGUUGGCAAAGUUAAAUUUUUUUAUUAAAAAACACAAAUAACGCCAUUUCAAAUGUGUUCUGUGCAAGUCCAAAAUCCCACCAAUUUACCGUAACUCGUGAUUUAGUUUUGUGUUCAAAAUAACAUGUGCUACGCAUCUACAGACAUAAACACGACUCGCACUGUCUGUGGGCUCUAUUUUAUGUUGAACCCCUUUCGGACUAGGCUUGGCACGGAGUUUUGGUACCCUUUUUGAGUUAAUUGGUGCUAUUUAAAACACUGGUUUCGAUGAUUUUUUGUUUUCUAUGAAUGCAUUUCCGUGCUAUAACUACUUACUGUUAAAUUGCAAGAUUUCAAAGGUUACUGUAACAUUAAGUUUUAAAACUUAUUUUGAUAAACCAUUUUAAAGUUUUUUCAUUAUCUAAAUUGCAACAAAUGGUUUUUGAAGUCAGGGUAAUAAUCAGAAGGCAGAUACAAUGUUACGGUAAUCGAAUUGUGGGGGUUUUUCAAGUGUAGUGGUUGUUGUUUUGUGGCCUGCUUUUGAUUGCUAUUCUAAUCCAUUCAGUCGCUGGUGACCCAACAACUCGCGCUACUCCAACAACAACAAGCUCAGCAACAAGCACAACAACAGCAACAACAGCUUGGUGGAGUGCAGAAUCAGGCCUUGGUGACAGCUUUACUACGACAACAACAGACGUUGGCAGCUCAAUCACUGAGCAAUCCACUGACAGCCAAUUCCUUGGCACAGUCGCUGGCUAGUCCACUGGCCCAGGCUCAACUGACUGGCCUAACCCAAUCUCAACUACUGGCGUCGCCGGCUUUGGCUGCGUUGGCCGCCCAACAGUCGACGGUGCAGCAGACGGCUACGGCCGGGCAGACGGCUUCACCGUCGGACUGUCGGAAGCGGUCGGCACGGUCAGCCGGCUUCGACGAGACUGGAGCGGCCGACGAGAAGAAGGCCAACUCGACGCCGCAGGCUCCGAUGACUUCCGCCGCUUCGAGUGUGCUUGCUUCCAGCGAUCUCACAGCGCUACAGAAUCAGCUGCUGUUAGCCUCUGCUGCGGUACUGUAGUCUUUUUAUUUUGGGUUAUUGUGGUAGCUAACACUUGUUGUCGUACCUCCCUAAUCAGUUUCUUCACUUUGCGAUGGUCGGAAGGGGGCUGUGUUUUGUUUAAAGUGAGAUUACACAAUUUUUGACCAAAAUAUUAUUUGUGAAAAGAAGACUACAGUAUGACGUUUAAAAUACUGUAUUUUGAAGGUCUUACUGUAAUUAAAGUAAAAUGGUAAAUUACUGUAUAAAAAUAGACUUUAAAGUAAAAUAUGGUAUUACAAGUACCCUUUUCGACCAUACCACGAUAACCGUAUGUUAACUACCACAGUAAUGUAACUUUUUUAUUUUCUUUUGUUGUUUCGUGCUCAUCACAAUAUCUUCUAACACUUUUUCUUGUUGUUGUAUCCGCACUCCGUCUAACGCUUGCUUACAGUGUAAAUUAAGUUGAUAGAGGUAUGUAAAAGCUUUAAAUAUUUUGUCGUAUUAACAACUUGAGGUACUUUUAGGUAAUACUUCAUGUUUUGAAAGCAGCUUUCAGUACUUUUUCAUACUGUAACAAGAAAAAAACAUUAUUUUUGAAGAAAAAAUUGAAGAUUUUGUAGUUUUACAGUACUUUUUAUACCUUUUUUUUUGUGUUUUAAGCAUGUUGUUAUAUUAAUACACGUUCAAAAAGUACAGUAUCUAUACUAAAACAAAUAAACUUUAACGGUUUUUCUACAGUAAGCUUACAGUAGUUGCUUUUUGGCUUGAUCUUCUCGAUUACCGUGUCUCGCUUGUUUUUUCUCCAGUUUUUUUUGUUCCUGAAUCCUCAGAAUCUCGUGCAUCGUGCUCGCUCUUUCACUGAUCGCUCCAUUUCAGAACGGCGCCGUGAACGGCAAGAACAAGAACGGCGUGCCGGCCAACGGAAUCCCAAUUUAUACGCAACAGGCGGCCCAAUUCAACCCAUAUUUAAUGCAACAGAUGCCCGGGUAUAUGCCGGCUGUGUCCUGUAAGUUUAUGCAUAUAUGAUCGGGGUGGGGAAUAUGCAUGACAUCUUGCAUGUUGGUGGUCACGGAAUCGCGGCUCCACAUGAUUUUAUGACCUUUUUGAUGCUAAACUGCCAUUGAUGACAUUUUUAAUGGGGUGUACUUGAAAUGAGGUUACAGUACGCAAAAGGGUUUCCAAGAGGAAUCGAACUUUUCUUGAUUUUUGACAUUUUCAACUGACUGUAACUUCGCUAUAAAAAUAGAUAUCAAAACGAAACUUUCUCAAAAUAUACAACAUUCUAUGCUCUAUAUAUAACAUCAAACAUAUCAUUCAACCUCAACAUCACUAAAUACCUCAUUUUAGUCAGCCAACAAUUGCCACCCCGAUUCUAG